AUUAAAAGACCGCGGGGUUUCAGAUUACUCUGGGGCACUACUCCCUUGAUAGGCAGCGUGUGUUAGAUUUGACAUGCACCCUCGUGUGUCGUUUCCGUCGUCCCAGUGACCCAUAGAUAUGAUGCGAAUACCGACGCGACUCUUUGUUUUGAUACGACCAAUGAACAGGAGCUCGGCCAGCCGCACGAGACCUCACCCUAGGAGAGGUGGAGGUAGGAAGCAUGCGGAGCACCGCAAGGAUGAAGAAAAAGCAGACAUUGUGCCCCGUGGCACCUGCAGCACCAUGUGCCCUAAUUCAGAGGUGUGGCAGCGGGAGGCUCAGAACCGGCUGCAUCGCUUCGAGAUGCUCGCUGGAACAGAGCGUGAUCGCUUGCCGAGGGCAGACGUCACUCGUGUGGUCAAAGAGUACAGCCGCCCAGCAGCUGGAAAGGACACAACGAGAGCCAGUGAGCUGCGGCCGCCAGACGUACUGCUGAAGACUGUGUGCUACUUGGUGGAUGACAUAGCGGCUAACCCAAAGCUCCAGCCGUGGACUGAGGUCUACAGCUUUGUGUUUGACCGCUUGCGCAGUGUUCGUCAGGACAUGGUCAUCCAGCGCAUUUCUGGUCCGGAUUGUGCAAGUGUGUUGGAGCGAACAGUGCGCUUCCUUCUGUAUGCUUCUUACCAUCUGUGUGGGCAACCACUUCGGCUUUACGACCCGCACAUCAACGACACACACCUGCAGGAGAGUCUGAGCUGGCUGCUGGAGUGCUACGCUGAGGGACAGCACAAGCACCAGGACGAGUUUCAGGCCCUCAGCUUGCUCUACAACCUUGGUUCACCACAAGCUACACAGCAUGCUCUUGCACUACCUCACAAAGUGCGAACUUCUCCACCAGUUCAGUUGGCUCUAGCGGUCAGUAGGGCAUACAUGGAGCGCAACCCUGUCCGUCUCCUCCGCCUAGCCCAGAAACUAGACUUCUUGCAGGCCUGCGCCCUCCACCGGCAUCUUCUGUCCUGCAGGAGGGAUCUGCUGCUACUCUACAACCACGGACACAGCAGCAAAAACUGUCGCUUCCCUAUCCAGAAGCUAGCAGACAUUCUCUCCCUGGAGCAAUCCCUGGCUGUUCAACUUUGCCAGGCUCAUGGAAUACAAAUCAACGGGGACUGGGUUGUCUUCUCUAAGGGUUCCUUCACAGAGAGCCCAUCUGAAGGUCUGCAGUGUGCUCAUAUGCACAAACUAGUGGAAGACAAGCAGCGAGGCCUUUCAGUUGGCAGCAUCAUUCAUGGCAUUGCUUGAAAACGUGACAUGUUUAAAGGUGUUUGCUAAAAUUAUUAUUAAGAAAUUGGAGUUUUGUUUUAAUACAGGAAGUGUCCUGUCAUGCUUUUAAAACACUGUUUUUUUUCUGGGUCUGUACAAUUGAAAACCCACAAUGUUGAAUUAUGAAACACAUUUCAGGUGGCACUUAAAGCCUUUAGCUUUUUUUUAUGAGCAUUUCAGUGACCUUAUCAGUUGCAUGUAAAAUUGUAUAUACUAAUAAAAUGUUUUUAAUUGAA